AUGCCUUUCCAAAAGUACACUACCAUUAACUUCGUCAUAUGGUAUUCAGCAAGCACCAACGUUUUGAUCGAGUUGUUUUCCGAUUACGUUGCAACGAAAGAUGCUUUUAAUGCCAGUGACGCUAUCAACGGUAGAAGGGACUUUGCAGCGAUGAAUAACAAGUGGAUUUGCCUCUGUGAUACGUUCAGAACCAGACGAGACGAUGCUAAUUCUACUGGUAGUGCACCUCUUCAACACUGGGAGUUUCACGAUCUGAUGGAACAGGCAACAUCGAGAAUGCAAUAAAACUGUAGUGGAGACUUUGUUGUCGAUAAAGUGUAGAAAUGUCUGAUUCCAGAAUCAUAUUCAUAUCAUCAUCAAUACCAAAUAAAAUUUAUUGCGAUUCAGCAACUACUGUAAUAAUAACAGAUAGGUUAGCAUUUUGAGUGAACUUUAUAUUUUAAUCGUUCAAAAAGGGUCAUUAAAAAGCAACGUCAUGGAUUUUGGAAAAAGCUUUCUUUUGGAAGUCUUAAGUAACCUUUCACAAAAAAAAAAAAAAAAAAAAAAAAGUCCUUAAUCGGGAUCUUUAAAAAAAAAAUUUUUUUG